GGCAUGCUAGUAGCUAGAAGAUUUAUCGCAGCGCGCACGUAUUUGCGGUCACGAUUUUCGUUCUAAUUCUUUGUCAUCAUGUCACGGUGGGGAGACGAGAAGACUACACAGUUCAUUCAUUUGUACAGACAGCACGAGUGUCUUUGGAACCCGAGCAGCCCUCUUUAUAAGAACAAAGUUGCCCGCGAUUAUGCCUACAACAAAAUACAAGAGGCGUUCAAAUUACCUGUGCAAGAAAUCAAAAACAAAAUUAAAAGUCUGAGGAGUACUUACCAUCAGGAGUUGAAGAAAGUGGACAAUUCAAAAAGUACCGGAAACGGAUCCAGUGAACUGUACAAACCGAAUUUGGCUUGGUUUAAGGAAAUGGAAUUUUUAAAUGAUACUUUUGAACAUAGGCGGUCAAUCCAAAUAGAACUACAACUACAGCCGUCCUUGCAAACAACAGUAAAAAUCGAGCCACCUGAGUCAUCUUCUGAAACAUGCAACUCAACAGUCGAACCACCACAGUCAACCUCUCAACACACCUCAGUCUCGCCACAACAGUCAUUCACUCAAACAAACGUCACAAGAAACGAUCCACCUACGACAUCAGCAUCAUCUACAAAGAAAACUGUUCAGAAUAAAAGAAAACAUGAUAAAAAUCAAACCUUGAGUACACUUCAACGUCUGGAAAAGAUUUCCGCUGCUAUUAAUACAAGACCGAAAGAAGAUGAGUUUUAUUAUUUCGGUCAAAACGUUGCCGCACAAUUAAGAUCGCUACCAUUGCACGAUGCGUUGGAUCUGCAAUCCAAAAUUCAAAUGUUGAUAUCUACAGAGAGGACUCGAUUGUCUACUUCCUACUCCCAGCCAUCAACUCAAUAUUCAAACACUGAUUCAGAUGACACGGCUGAUCCUUUAGAUUAGAAGAUUAAUUUUGAACGAAGCUAGGAGAACCGCGUCAAAGUACAUUGGCUAAUAAUUAAUAAAAAAAAU